GCGGAUGGGAAACUCAAACACUACAUCCACGGAGACUUUCGGAGCUCUCCAUGCUUCUCAGUGACUCGGAGCCGCACAUCGGAGACGGAUAGCGUGAACUUUCAACCAGUCUUGGUGAAUGAAAAGCGCAGACUGAUCCAGUGCGCUUGAAGCUCAGCUGAUCCGUCUCUUCUUCGUCGUCUUCGCCGUCAGCGUGUGUGUGUAAAGAUGGCGCCAGCGAUAGGAGGGCCGGUGGGCUACACUCCUCCUGAGGGAGGCUGGGGCUGGGCAGUGGUGGUAGGGGCCUUUAUCAGCAUUGGCUUCUCCUAUGCCUUCCCCAAGUCCAUCACCGUGUUCUUCAAAGACAUCGAGGUGAUCUUCAAUGCCACCAGCAGCCAAGUGUCAUGGAUCUCAUCAAUCAUGCUGGCUGUCAUGUAUGGAGGAGGACCGAUCAGCAGUAUUCUGGUGAAUAAGUAUGGUAGUCGGCCAAUCAUGAUUGUCGGGGGCUGUCUGUCUGGCACAGGAUUAAUCGCCGCAUCCUUCUGUAACACAGUGGAGGGUCUUUACUUCUGUGUGGGAAUUAUAGGUGGACUGGGUUUGUCAUUUAAUCUGAAUCCAGCAUUGACCAUGAUUGGCAAAUACUUCUACAAGCGCCGGCCAAUAGCUAAUGGCAUCGCGAUGGCGGGCAGCCCAGUGUUCUUGUCCACCCUUGCCCCGCUGAACAGCUGGCUGUAUGAUCAGUUUGGGUGGAGGGGCAGUUUCCUCAUUCUGGGCGGAGCUUUGCUGAACUGCUGUGUUGCGGGGUCACUAAUGCGACCCAUUGGACCAAAACCACAACCUGCCAGUCCAAAACAGAAUGGAGAGCUCAAACCCCAAGAGAAAAAAACAUGCAUUCAGACCAUCAACAGCUACCUGGAUCUGACCCUGUUCACUCACCGAGGCUUCUUGCUGUACCUGCUCGGAAAUGUCAUCAUGUUCUUCGGCCUCUUUACACCCCUGGUGUUCCUGAGUAACUAUGCGAAGAGUAAAGAGAUUUCCAAGGAUAAGGCUGCGUUCUUGUUGUCCAUCCUGGCCUUCACUGACAUGAUCGCUCGACCGUCCAUGGGCUUGGUGGCCAACACUCGCUGGGUCCGUCCACGUAUCCAGUACUUCUUCGCCGCAUCUGUGCUGUAUAAUGGCGUCUGCCACUUGUUGGCACCAAUCUCCACCGAUUUUGUGGGUUUUGCCAUUUAUGCAGUGUUUUUCGGUAUGGCAUUCGGCUGGCUGAGUUCCGUGCUGUUUGAGACUCUCAUGGACCUGGUGGGCACUCAGAAGUUCUCCAGUGCUGUCGGGUUGGUCACCAUUGUGGAGUGUGGGCCUGUGCUGCUGAGUCCUCCGUUACUGGGAAAACUCAAUGAUGAUUAUGGUGAUUAUAAAUACACAUAUCAGGCUUGUGGAGCCAUCCUGGUGAUUGCCAGCGUAUUCUUGUUCGUGGGAAUGGGAAUCAACUACCGGCUACUGGACAAAGAGAAGAGGGAGGAGGAGAGAAGAACUAGACAGGAAGAGAAGGAUGAAGAAACCAACAUAGACAAUGUCCUGAACGAGAAGGCAAGGGAGGUGAAUGGAGGCGCACUGGAUGCUUGAUCUGACGUGGCCAAAUUGAGAAGCACACAAUAUUAUGUGGACAAACACCAACAAUCCAUGUCUUUGGGUUUUGGCCAUCCAUUCCCCCUCUAAUGCAUUACUCAACGAUUCAACCAGUGUUUAAAACAGCACACAGGACUAUGAUGCCAAGAAAUUCUCUUUAUUCAAUCCCACACACACCUCAGGCAUUACUUUCACCCUCCCGAGAUUCAUAUGAGAGUGUCUCUGUACCUAAUGUCACAAGUCACCUUUUUGUGGUAUAUAUUUUAACCAUUAUGAGAGCGCUCCUAGUUUUUGACUCCAGAAUAACAGAGGUUAUGCACUGUUAAAAGAAGCCACAAAACACACAUUUCAAAACUUUUAGAGUAUUAAUGAAACAUGCACACAUAUAGUUGAAGACAUAGAAGUAAGAGAGAUCUUUGACUCUUCUGUCUGUCUUCCAUCUUAGAAAUAUAGUGUUUUUGGACUAAAGGUCAUUAUUAUAUGUAGGAUACACGUUUCUUUUUUUUCUUUUCUUUUUUUUUAGUUGUGUGUGAAGUUGUUUUGCUUUAGGAUGUCUAUGUAGUCUUUCCUGUUCUGAAUGGAAAUACUCCCAGGCUUUGCUAGACUGCCAUUUAAAGGCAAAACACAGAAAUUAUCAACUUUUGUGCUCUGAACAUAGUUUUGGAAAUCUAGUCUGUUACGGGACAUGUCAAAAACUUGUGAAAAUAGGGUAUGAAAUAGGGUAAAUGCUUAAUUACUGUUUUUUGCCUUUGCAUGGCAGUAGAAUUUAUGGUUUAAUUCAAAUGUUUAAUUUCUCUUUUGACAGGCUGCUUCCUGCUCUGGUGAUAUCAUGAUUUCACUUUGGUUAUCAGACUCUCUGUACUGUAACAUGAAGAUUUCUGUGGUUACAAUUUUUACAGACACAAUAUUGCAAAUGUCUUGUUUUCAUUCGAGACACUUCGCAUGAAAAGUCUGCCAGUGAUGUGCUUCAGCUUCUCCGUUUCAUGUGGCAUUUAGUGAAGAUGAUGAUGAUUUCACUAGGUUACACUACAUUCCAACAGGGGAUCCUUUUAAAAUUGUGUUCAUUUGUCUUUUUGACCACAUUAUUUUUAAAUGUCUAGAAACAGUUUUAAUAUGGUUGCCAUUGCCUACAGAUCCUGUGCCUUACUUAAGUGCCUGUCUAUCUACAUGCAAGUAUUAAUAUUUAACAGCCAUACAUGUAACAAUACAACCCCUGACCUUUUUUCAGGAGGAUGUGUAGUGUCUGCGAUUAAUUAGCUUUUUUUCUUUCAUACCAAGAAGAGAGUAGUGCUUCAUUUUAAAACUGAGCCAGCAACAAAAACAGCACUGAAUCUGUGUUUGCUAGAGAUAAAGAAUAUGAAUAUAAAGUUCUGCUAGUGUUAUCUGCAAACGCGUUUAUUUGAAAAACUAAGGUUCUUAUUCGUUUUACAAACUCAAAUAGGUGAAGGAAUAUUUUUCAGCUGUUUCUCAAGCCAUCUUAUUCUUUGUAGAUUCUGAGAACAAAACAACAUGACUUUCUACAGCGAGCCAAUUUAACUCGAAAACAUUGAAACAAAAGGGAGGAAGCACCACUACCUUCUGCCAGCUGUCAUUCAUUGUGAUGAUAAGGUCAAAUAAGUGAAUCAAAGAUGCUGGUUCACAGCAGUUUCUGCAAAGGAGUAGAUCUGUUCAAGCGUUGUUGUUUAGUCACCUAAGAUGGCAGUUUUUUAAUGUGCACUUUAAUUCUGUACAUUUUAAGGUCAAAUUCACACUCUUGAGUUCUGCACAUGCAGCAUUCACAGUGUAAGGCUAUUUACUUGACCUCUUUCCUAAAUAGAAAUGUAUCUGUAUGGUCCUGAGGGAUGAAUGCUUGUAUACAGUUCUCUGGUGAUGUGAUCUCAGAGCUCUGCCGAAUAACAGCAGCUGUUAGACAAAACAGCAGAAAGAGAAUCCGAGCAGUGUUAACAACUCGUUUUCAGUAUCUCAGAGUAGAUCAGUAUCACUGCUCUGACUACACUUCUCUUACAGGAUCAGAGCCGUCUGAACUCCACUAGGUGUGCAGGUAGAUUUCUUAUUAGUGUUGGUAAUUGUGUGAAUGAAAAUACUGCUGUAUAGAGAAAAUGGACCACCCUGAGAAAAAGGGGUAAAGCUUUUCAAUGCAUUUAAACUCUUCUCAUUUUUCCAUCAGUGUAUUGCCAGAAGUGACACUAACCAGCGUGCUUUUAAAAUGUCUCCUGUCAGAAAGAUUGAGGUGAAGAGAGACAGGGGUAUGUACUUGUGUGUGUUUGUGCACAGAGAUUUCCAUGCAAACUCACAAUUUCAUGAUUAAUUUAGGAGAGCGUGUAGAAUCUGGCCCUUACAAGGCAUUCAGGACAGAGGAAAAAUAAAUUCAUCUUUUAGGUU